GAGGACAUGGGCAGCCGCGGCGCGCCCGCCCCCCGCGCCGAUGUGAAUUAUUAAAAAGAAAAUGGCCCAACGGAGCACUGUUUUUCCUUCUCUUGUCACCGAGGAAAGGUAUAAUAUAUGGAAAAUAUGCAUCUAAGGCGAGUGAGAACUAUGCCACGACACAGCCAGUCUCUGACCAUGGCACCUUACUCAUCCAUAAGCCUAGUGGAGCAACUGGAAGACAGGAUCCUCUGCCAUGAGAAAACCACCGCUGCCCUCGUGGAGCAUGCCUUCCGGAUUAAAGACGACAUCGUCAACAGUUUGCAGAAAAUGCAAAACAAAGGGGGAGGUGACCGCUUGGCCAGGCUUUUCUUGGAGGAGCACAUCAGAAACAUAACUGCCAUCGUGAAGCAACUGAAUCGAGAUAUUGAGGUCCUGCAGGAGCAGAUCCGUGCCCGGGACAACAUUAGCUACGGAACGAAUUCUGCCUUAAAGACUCUGGAGAUGCGUCAGCUCUCUGGUUUGGGAGAUCUUCGAGGAAGAGUGGCGAGAUGUGACGCCAGCAUAGCCAGACUCUCCGCAGAGCACAAAACGACCUAUGAGGGGCUCCAGCACUUGAACAAAGAGCAGCAGGCUGCCAAACUCAUCUUGGAAACGAAAAUCAAAGAUGCAGAGGGACAGAUUUCUCAGCUUUUGAACAGAGUGGACUUGUCAAUAUCAGAGCAAAGCACUAAACUGAAGAUGUCCCACAGAGAUAGUAACCACCAGCUUCAGCUUUUGGACACUAAAUUUAAAGGUACCAUUGAGGAACUCAGUAACCAGAUUUUAUCUGCACGGAGUUGGUUGCAACAGGAACAAGAACGGAUAGAGAAAGAGCUUCUACAGAAAAUCGACCAGCUUUCCUUGGUUGUUAAGGAAAACAGUGGAGCCAGUGAAAGGGACAUGGAGAAGAAGCUCAGCCAGAUGUCAGCCAGACUCGACAAAAUAGAGGAGAGUCAGAAGAAGAAUCUGGAAGUGCAGAGAACCAAACAAGAAGAGGAGAAGGUGCACGGUCGGAUCAGCAAGCUGGAGUUACAGAUGAACGAGGACAUGAAGGAAAUGAAAGCAGAGGUGGAUGCUGGGUUUACAGCCAUCUAUGAAAGCAUAGGAUCCCUCAGGCAAGUUCUCGAAGCCAAGAUGAAGCUAGACAAGGACCAGCUACAGAAGCAAAUACAACAGAUGCAGAAGCCGGAAGCGCCCAUGUGAAGGGAGUUGGGACAAGGCCCUCAAAGCUGGUGUCGCCAGUGGGGCUAGGAGCUAGAUACCUCUGUAGCCAGGCUGUGGCUGCAUUCGGGAUUGUUCUAUUCAUGGCGUGCAUGUGCCAAGAAAUGUGUUUUCAUGGGUCUAAAUGUUUACCUUGAGUCUUGAAAACACUCUUUAAAGGUAUUGAAUACAGUUUUUACUACUUUAUUCCACUUCACUAAAUUCAGUGGAAUACUCCCCGCCCCGGAUUUUGAAAGGCUUUUAUCCCCUUCAUUUUAUGAAUGAAAAGACUUAAUUUUCCUUCAAUGCUUGAUGCUCUAGCCAAGACUUACUAUUUUGAAAAAUGUCAUGGUGAUUUUUUAAAUUAAGAAAUUGAUGAAUUGUCACAGGAAUGUCGUGCUCCUCACCCUAAAUCAAGAGAAUGUCCCGAUAGAUUAGAAUUCAACCUUCGAGUCCAGAUUUGGAUUUUAGUGUUGUUAACUGUGCAUUUCUUAUAUUGAUUAUCUUCUUGUAAAUCUUCUGUCUUUUGUAGUGGGAAGUGAUUUAACAUUUGGAAACAACCCCACCAUUUAUGUAAUGAAAAUAGUUUAAAAAUUGAUAACUGCCAUAUAGAUUUCAAAUUAACAUAGAAAUUUAAGCCAAUUAUCUAGAUAAUCCAAGGCACAACGUCUACAUCGACCACCUAGUUUUACCAGGUUUUAUUACUGAAAACUUUUUUCAAUUAUCUACAGCCCGUAUAGUGAGUGAUAGCCAUAUAUUUAAUAUCACAAUGGUGGUUAAUAGUCUGUUUAUUGCACAAUUAAUUGUUCCUCAAUCAUAAUAGGAUGUGAGAACUUUUCAGGCUUUAUGGUCUCCUUUCUAAAGGUUUUCAAAAUUGGCACCAAGUGCUAAGGUUUAUAUAAACUUAUUCUAACUGUAGUCUUGUGCCUUGGUUUUCCAUGCACCGUACCCUAUGUAAGUUUUACGGACAAAAUAGAAGGCAUGAUAAUUCAUCGAUAUGAUGAUGUAAAAAUGGGAUCCUAUGUAUUUUUUAAAUGUUCUGAAAAUUUUAUCACUGUUAAGACAUUAAUCAUUCAGUAUUAUUAAUGGAAUAGAAAUUCAUACUUUUGUAUGGACAGAGAUCAAAUUGAUAUUGCAUUUGUAAUACUGCCAAGAAACUUUCAUUCGCGCAACUUUAUAGAAGAUGGGUGUUUUCUUUUCAGUCGCCAUAUUGGAUCAGUCAUUGAAAAUCGGCACCAGUGCUGUUUCUUCACCUGUGUAUGUGAAAACUGACAGACACACACCGUUCUAAACUGUGAGGGUGCCCAGGAAAAAGAAAAUAGGAAUACUUUAAACAUUUUAAAAACUUUUUUUUUUUGGUUUGCCAAGGACUCAGGAAAAUUAAAGCAUUUUCUAUUGUUAGGAUAAAUCAUAAAUGAAAUAUCUAACUGGCUGUUACUGUUUACCCACAUCAAAUAUGCUGCGAAAGUACAUAAUAUUUUACCCUCAAUGACUUGACAAAAGUUUUUAAAAAAAAUUUGGACCCAAGAAGUCGUCUAAGGAAAAUGUCAUCUGACACAUAUUUCCUUAUUUUGUCAUGAAUCCUUGCAGCUCUGUAUAGGAAGACUAUUUCUACUUAACAAUGAAAAAAAAAAAGGGGACGCUCUUUUGCAACAAGAAAGUGAGUUUCUUUUUGUGCUAGAGUAACCCUGUCUAGUACAUUUCUCCACAUUUUAGCGCAAGCCACAGCCCCUCCAGCGUCUCUCUCUUCUGGGGUCUCUCUCCUCUGGGGUCUCUCAGGAGGAAGAGUCAGCACAUGUGACACCUGGGAAGACGGGCACAGAGGACACCAGCUGGACUCAGGUCGAGGGUGUGACUGAGCGGGUGAUGCUUGGCUGUCCACUGACUCGCUCGGUGCUUCUGAUGCUGCCCGCCCCAUGUCAUGAGCUCCUGCAGGGGCCCUCCACCCUGGCUACUUGUUGCAGUCACCUGGGGGGUUCAAAAAGCUACUGAUGCCUGGGCUGCCCCCCAGACCAAUUAAGUCAGAGCUCUGGGAGGUGGGACACAGGCAUCCGUACACAUCAAGGGCCCCCGGGUGAUUCACAUGCCGCGAGGUUGUGAGCCACCAAGCUACAACGCUACAACGUACUCUUAUCACCAAAGUUUAAAUGAGAAUCAGCUUCCCUGUUCUUUCCUUUACCAGAAAUUUGCAAUAAAAAGCAUAA